UGAUGGUGAUAAUGGUGAUAAUGAUCAACAACAACAAAAUGAUAAUUGUCAUAGUAGUACAAUGAUUGUUGAACAUAAUCAUAAUCAUGUUUUUGGUGAUAAAACAUCAUUUGGACCAAUACCUAAACCACCACCAAGAUCAACAUCAAUUUAUCAUUUACAACAAUUACAACAACAACAACACCAACAACGUUUAACAAUACCGGAUCAUUUAGAAACAUUAUUAGAACAUUCAAGUUUAAAUGAUGAUCAACAACCAAAACAACAACAACAACAACAAUCAUUAUCAACAACAACAACAACAAAUCUAUUUAAACAAGUUAUUAUGAGAGAUAAAACAAAUAAAAUGAAUAAAAUUGGUUUUCGACGGCCAAAAUCAGAUAUUUAUGAUUUACAUAGUCAUCAUCAGCAACAACAAUUGGAACAUAAUCAUCCAAUUGAUCCAUCAUUGAUGGAUCAACAACAAUCAAUGGAACAACAACAACAGAAUAAUAAUAAUAAUUCGUUGGAUCAUCAUGGUAGUGCUAGACCUGUAUCAAUGUAUUUUGGCGGUGAACAUAAUCAUAUUGAUCGUCCAGUAAAACAUUCAAUAUCAAGAUUUAGUGCUUAUGAAAUAUCGUGUUCAAAUGGUUUUGGUCGUUUAGAUUCAUAUCUAAAAUUAGAUCAACUUGGUGAAGGAUCAUAUGCAACUGUUUAUAAAGGUUUUAGUAAUGUUUUAAAUCGUGUGGUUGCACUGAAAGAAAUUCGUUUACAAGCCGAAGAAGGUGCACCAUUCACUGCAAUACGUGAAGCAUCAUUAUUACGUGGUUUAAAACAUGCAAAUAUUGUUACAUUACAUGAUAUUGUACAUACCAGGCAAACAUUAAUAUUAGUAUUUGAAUAUGUUGAUACGGAUCUAAGUCAAUAUUUGGAACGUCAUCCAGAUGGUUUAAAUCCAAAAAAUGUUCGUCUUUUUAUGUUUCAAUUAUUACGUGGUCUUUCAUAUUGUCAUGAACGUCGUAUUUUACAUCGUGAUCUUAAACCACAGAAUCUAUUAAUAUCGGAACAAGGUGAAUUAAAAUUAGCUGAUUUUGGUUUAGCACGUGCCAAAUCAAUACCAUCACAUACUUAUUCAAAUGAAGUUGUUACGUUAUGGUAUCGACCACCAGAUGUAUUACUUGGUUCAAGAAAUUAUUCAACAUCAUUAGAUAUAUGGGGUGUUGGUUGUAUAUUUAUUGAAAUGAUUUGUGGUACACCUGCAUUUCCAGGUGUACGUGAUCCAACUGAUCAAUUGGAUAAAAUAUUUCGUGUAUUUGGUACACCUUCAAAAUCAUAUUGGGAAACAUAUCAAUCGAUUAUUACGUUUAAUUGUUUGAAAAAUACCUGCUAUCAAUCACAACAAUUAGGACGUUGUUUUCCAAAAUUAUUAUCAAUAACAAAUGCUGAAACAUUAGCUAGAAAAUGUUUAUCAUUAGAACCAAGAGAACGGAUUGCAUCGAAAGAUGCAAUGAAACAUCAAUUUUUUUCUGAAUUACCAGCCAAAUUAUAUCAAUUACCUGAUCAUGUACCUGUGAUCUAUGUACCCGGUUGUUCAUUAAUACAGGAAAAUCAUAAUUUUCCAUUAAGUGUUAUAAAAAUUGCAUCCAAAAUGAAAGGCGGUGUUGGUGGUGGUGGAACUAGUGGUGGUGGUAAAAUGUUCAAUAACCACUGAAAAAU